AUGCAACGAACAAGUUUACAAGUUGUAUUGUUGAGUGGGUGUGAUGUGAAGCAGCUGGUUGUGCAUUUUCUAACGGAAUUUUGUAAACCUGCCGUUUGCGUUGCUCCUUGAUACGGGAGAAAGAUAUUAUUAUUUCGAUUAUUUAGUUUACUGUUGUAAACAAUGGCGAAUCUCAACCGAAACAGCCGUGUUUCGGACCAAAUAAUGGAUUACUAUCUACGCUAUGGUCAAAAUCGGGAUUUGGAAAAGUUUCUUCGGUUGCGUUCCAGCACAACCCGGUCAUCUAGCGAUGGCAGUUUGCCCGCUUUGGACGAGCUAGAUCGAAGGGAGCAGGUUGCAGAAAAAAUAGGUAAAUCAAUGGAAAAUUUGUCUACUUUGGGACAGCAGAAAGAUCGGCAAUUUGCGCAAAAAUCAGAACAAUCCAAAGAGAGUGAAAAAACAAAUCCGGAUACAGAAACGCAACAGAGUGACCAUACUGAUAAAAAUUCAUCUGAAAAAACGAAACAGCAAGAAAACCGACCCACUGUCGGAAUGGUGGUGAAGGAAACCAAAAACGAAAAGAAAUCUGGAAGAAAUUUUAAUUUCAAUUUAGAAUCAGUAAUAGAAAUAAAAUUACCUUCGGAGACAGUGACACAUAAUCCGUUUUUACUAGCCGCACCUCCAGGAAAUGUACCAGCAAUGGAAACUAGGUCACGUUUUCAAGAAAUCAACUCCUCCGGUACUCAAACGAUGCCCGAAGCUCGCUCUGUCGAACAACAAACUGAAGAACCAAUUCGACCUAUACUAAAAGCCACAGGAGCCCCCGCAGCGGAAGCUGCUAACCCAGAAGACACUAUAGACACUACCCGGGACAUCUCACCUGUAAGUAGCAUUGCAUCGAACAAACAAAAACUCGAAUGGGACUCGCUCGGAGAUAUCGGAUACGAUUCCAGCGAAAAGUUCUACUUUUGCGGAGCAUCAGAUUUGAAUGAAACGAUGAAACGUUGCCUUCAACGGUAUCUUGUGAAGCGUGGUCUGAACUGUGACGAAAAGGUGGUUGUGGUUCGGAACGUUCAAAAAGCUGCAGAAAACACGGAUCCUGGGCAAGAAAUCCGAAAACCUAAUGUGAGAGAAAAGUGGCAAGCUGUAUACAGAAAGUAUAAGGAUAAGUACCACAAUCCAUCGGAACUCUCAAUUAAUUUAGCGAAUCCGGAAGCUCAAAGUACCCCGAAAAUUACUUCUUCUCAGAGCAUCCCGUCUAAACCUGGUGUUUCAACACAAACUAGUUUGAUAAAAGCUUUUACAAAGGCUAUCCAAGCUGAGCAAAUUGUCACUGCCGAUAAGCAAAUUGGUACGGAGUCUCUUCGUGGUACCGAACGAAGGGUAUCUUCGUCAUCCGCUGCAAAUGUUACACCCUCUGUCUUGGAGGAUGCAUCCAAUGAACAACAAGGUGAAACGGCAGAAAGUUUCGAAUUCUAUUCGUCACCCCCGUCACAGCAAGUUAAUCAAUCUUCGGCCGAAUCUACCCUGAAAACUUCGCCGGAAAUAAUUAGCAUUACAACUUCCUCUUCGAAGUCCUCUUCGUCUGUUUCCAUCAAUGCUAGCGGUGCCAACAAACAUGCCAAGUACAACUUUGAAGAAGAACUUCGUCUCGGCAUGACACUCUACAACACGAUAUGCGAGUCGCGAAGUUUACCCGCGCGGGUGAAGCAAAGUUUGAUCGAUAAGAUUUUUCGGAAAAUGGUGAAAAAUGAUCCGAAGGGGCGUACCAAGGAGCAGCUGCUCAAAAACUGUGAGAAUUUCAAACAACCGGAUCGGGCAGCCGUAAACGUUGUCGAGGCGAAGGUGAGUGAGGCGAACUGCGCGGAAAGCAGCGAACGUGCAAUCGAGGUUUUGCAUAUCAAGCGCACCGCAGGACAAGUACAGCCUUCGGAUGAACAGACGGAACCUGAGGUUGUGAGUAAAGAAGAUGUAAUUGUGCACGACCUCGAUGAGCCCAGCACCAGAAGCAAUGAAGGAGGAAAUUCUUUUGGAUCUAAAAAAGCACAGCAAUAUUAUUCACUCUCAUCGGAAUCACCACAGACUUCUUCAUCGAAACAAGAAUCAAAUCGAACUGCCAAGCCAAAACUAUCAACUAAGAUAGACGAAUCGACUAUAAAAUCGUCGCGUUCCGGUUUGGAAACCGAUUCGGAUCGUCGCAUAGGAAGGGCAAUGAGAGAGUUUCUGAAACCAAUGACCCACUCCGAGGUGGACUAUGAGAACCAACGAGAUUUGAGACGAAGCUUGGAAGUGAAUAAAAAGAAUAGAGCGAUCGAUCGAAAUACGGCUAGCGCUCCCACUACCAUCUCCAGCUCAGGACUUCAAGUCAACCGAAUAAUUGAACUGUUCCGGAAAGAGAAGCAGUCUCAACUUCUGAAAAUCGAUAAGAAAAUGGAACAUCUUCAAACAAUGAAAAAUUUACUACUUGAAGAUCAAAAACUAGUAAACGACAUGCAGGAUGGGACCCAGACUACCUAUCCGAUAGAGAAGCGAUUUGUCAAACCGGUCCGUUCGCCUUCUGAGGAGAAGGAAAACUUUUAUGCAAAUACUGCCCAGCGAACAAAAAGCGCCGCAAGUGCCCCGGUGUACACAUCGGUCCACGGAGAUACUCCCAGCGACCUUUCAAGGAGCGAAAUCGAGUACAUUCCCAUAGCCCGCUCGGAAUCGGGCUGGAAUUCACACUAUCACAUGCAAGCUAUGCUGCAAAAUCGCUCGAAACUCGAAACGCCAACUUCCGACGAAAGCAUUGCCACUUUUAUCAAAAAUCGAAAACAAAAGUUCAUUGAAAAUUACGAGCGUCACCGAAAGCAAAUGUUCGAAGACCAACACCACAUUUACACGAAACCCUAUAGUGGCCGACAAAGUAAGCAGGAGAAUUACUCUCGUCUGGAUGCGAAAUACAAUGUUCAAAAAAUCACUAAACCACCGUUUACCAAGCCAAAUUUUCCCAGUAGCGAUAUGUUCAUCUCAUCCGAUUCUAUGUCGAUACCAGCUGCUAACACAUUGACCAAUACCACCACCCAUCAGUACGACAUCAAGUCCUCUCGCUCUGGCUCAGACAACCUGCUGGAAGCUAUUCGAAAACCGGUGGCCACUCAAACUACUAGUUCGAUUCUUCGUACGAAGCCCAUUUUUGAAACGAAGUCGAACGGACUGAAAGCUUCAUCAGCACCGGUUCCGGUUUCUUCAGACAUCGUUCGGGGUUGUCAGUGUACCGGUGAAUGUCCCUGUCGACACAUUUCCAAAACUGCCUUUUCACACCUGCCAAAACACACCGCAAUCAUUGACGAUCGCCAUCAGAAGCAUGAUAAACAGCAACAGACCAAGCCAAACUCUAUCGCCUACGUUAUUACAUUCCAAGGUGAUCGACAUGAGAAGCGAAAAUCUUCCAGCCAAAAACCGUCUGAAAAGGAGCAGGUCUACCGUCAGGGGACGCCAGCUACCGACACCGAAGGUACGUCACGUGAUUCAACGGGAAACCGUUCGGGAUCCGUUUCUCGAGCAUCGGAGGACACCGAUCUACUACCACUAGAAGAACAGCUGCGCCGGAACCGACCAGCCACACUGAACAGGCUGAAAGAGCGUCAGCAGUGUGUCAACGAGCUGAACAAGCUGCGUGUUGAGCGGAAUAAACAGCGUAAAAAAUUACUGCUUCUAACAUCGGACGAUUCUUUAAAGAGAAACGACAUAAGGCAACGAUUGCCGCCUCCUCCGCUCGCCCAGCGACGCAUUUUCUCGUCGAAGGCCAUUAGAGAAAACACCCGGCGACAGGUGAAAAACUUGCCGGAGGUUCUACGCAGGAAAGAAAUCGAAAAGAUUAACAAUCUGAAGCGAAAAAAUCUUAUUCUCAGGGAUAAAUUUAAUCGGAAUCUACAGCGCAAAGUGCUGCACGGCCAAAUCGAUCUUUCCAACAGUGUUCGCGUUAUACAGGAUUAGGAGUUUUGAGAAAAACCUUUCUAAAAACUACUUAAUAGUUCAUACGUUUUUUUUAAACUAAUUUCCGGGAAACAUUUUGAUGUACCUACAUGUCGUA